ACCUGACAGUUGCGCAGGGCCUGAACCAGGACUUCAAGAUCGCCACUGUGGAUGUAUCCACAUGCCAAAGAAAUGCUCUGACAUAUGAUAAUAAGUAUAAGUGACAAAGAUGGCAGAUUGUGAGAAAUUGUUAGUUGCAGCUAUAGACUUUGGCACUACCUAUUCAGGCUAUGCAUUUUCAUUUCGACAUGACUUUGAAAACGACCCGUUGAAGAUCAGUGCCAGUACCUGGAAUGCGGGGUCAAGGGCAUUAGUGUCCCUGAAAGCUCCUACAACAGUGCUCCUGGACAAAAAUGAAAAAUUCCACUCCUUUGGGUAUGAAGCUGAGGACCACUACUCUCAAUUAGCAGAAGAUAAUGACCAUUUAGAUUGGUACUACUUCCGCAGGUUUAAGAUGAUGCUUUACGGCAAAGAGGGUAAAGGUGGCCUGUCAAAAAAAGUGAUGCUGAAAGAUAUCCGAGACAGAGAACUUCCUGCCUUGAAAGUGUUUUCAGAAGCCAUAAAAUAUCUGAAGGGACAUUUGCUGAUGGCUCUAGACAAGAGAGGAGCAGGUGUUAAGGAAUCUGAAAUUGAGUGGGUACUCACAGUACCUGCUAUCUGGAAUGAUCCUGCAAAACAGUUUAUGCGAGUAGCUGCUGAAGAGGCUGGAAUCAAAGGUGACCAGUUGAAAAUUGCCCUUGAGCCAGAAGCUGCCUCACUGUAUUGUAAAAAUCUACCAGUGGAAAAGUUGGGUGGAUCAGGACAGGGCUUCACCUGUUUUUCCAAGGGCAGCAAAUAUCUGGUGCUGGAUGCUGGAGGUGGAACGGUUGACAUCACUGUGCACAAGGUUGAGGAUGACCUGACACUUACGGAGCUGGCCAGAGCCAGUGGUGGAGCUUGGGGUGGAACACAGGUAGACGAGGCUUUUAAGCAAAUGAUCAUUAAAAUUGUUGGUAACCCGAUUAUGCAAAGAUUUAGUCGUGAGCAAACAUCCGAUUUUGUGGAUAUGUUCAGGGAAUUUGAAACAAAAAAGAGAUGUAAUGUUGAAGGGACGCUAUCAAAAAAGGUGACAAUGAAAAUUCCUAUCGCUUUGAAGGAAAUGUUCGAAGAAGAGACAGACGAGGAUAUAAAAGAAGUUGUGCUGCAAAGUUCUUACACUGGAAAACUUGAAUGGGUUAAUGAUAAAAUCCGGAUAGCACCUGAGACCUUCAAGUCACUGUUUAACUGUGCUGUAGCUGAUACAGUGUGUCACAUCCAAAAUCUCCUCAGCAAACCUACCUGUGAAGGAACGAAAACAAUCCUCAUGGUCGGGGGAUUCGCAGAAUGCCCUCAUCUGCAGAAGGGUAUUCACGAAGCUUUUCCACACUUACGAAUAGUCAUUCCAUAUGAAUGUGGAUUAUCCGUUUUAAAAGGGGCUGUGAUAUUUGGACAUCGUCCAAAAACAAUUUCCGCACGAAAAAUGAAAUAUACGUAUGGCAUUGCAACAAACAAGAAAUUCAAGCCAUUCAGACAUGAUCCUAACAAGAAAAAAACCUUGAAAGGCGUUGAUUACUGUACAGAAUUAUUUGACCAGCAUGUGAGGGGUGGAACAACUGUGAAGUAUGAUGAAAUUCAAAGCGACCGCAAAUACAACCCAUUAUAUGAUGACCAAACGACCCUCGAUUUUCCUGUGUACCAGUCCACAGAUGAUGACCCUGAAUAUGUCACUGACAAGAGUUGUGAAUAUAUAGGGAAUAUGUCCAUUGACAUACCAGAUGCCAGUGAAGGAACUAGCAGAGCGGUCCGUGUCAGGAUGAUCUUCGGUGACACAGAGUUAAAACUGGAGGCAACACAAGAAGGCACAAACAAUAAAACAGUAGCUAAAUUCAACUUUCUUGGAGAUUAACGUGUUCUUGGAUUGGAUCUUUCAUACAAGUUGUCUUCCUCAUACAUAUUAUCCGUUUAUGAUUUGAAUAAAAGAGGGAUAUCCAAAUUCAUAUCAAUGUUAUAUUCGAUGGUUCUGUAAAUUUUUGAAAUUCAGUAUCUUCAAUGUCUUCUUUGAGCACAGUGGCAUGGGACAGAACUACAGAUGUACUUUUUUAUAAACAUGUUGGUGUUAUUUACUGUCGGUGUCAUAACAACAAACCCAGCUUAAUUAACUUUAUGUAAAUCAUUUUAGUGAAAAAUGCUCAAACCAGGUAAGUGUAAAUAAGAACGGAUGUUUCUUUUCGACACAUUUUACAGAUGUGUUUUUCAUUGGUUUUGAUUUAGUUGAUAAUGAUGGUAUUCAUUGUUUUCUAUUACAUCUAUGUCAUUUUUUCUGCUAUAUAUUAGCAUGCAUCUUGAUACCAUGUUAAUGAGAUGUGAAAAUCCUAUACACUGUACUUCGCAUUGCAAUAUAGUACAUCAUAAUAAACUAUAAAUAAUCUAAAUGAUGUUUAUUGCAAAUGACAUUGACCUAUAUUCCAGGUCAUUGGGACAAAUAUGUUAAAGCCUUAAAACGCAUUCUGAUAAUAAAUCAUAGGUCGCAGCGUAUUUUUUGUAUAAGUUUCUAGAAAUAAUCCUGACAGCUUCACGAAAAAAAAUUACCUUGAUAUAUAGUUCAAGGUCACAAUGAUCAAAUUUCUUGAGCAUUUUUAAAAGAACUUCCUCCGACGGACCAAAGGCCCAGAAACAUGAUAUUUGGCUGAUAUUUUCCUAGUAUGUAUCCUUACAACGUUUUGCAAAAAGAAAUAACCGUGACUGAUAUGCAAGGUAACAUAAGUCAAAUUUCUUAAAACAUUAUAACGACUUCUUCUGAUCAACCAAAAGGCCUAGAAGCAUAUUUUACUAGUAAGUUUCUCUGAAGAAAACAAAAGUUUGUGAAAAGAAACAAAAUUGAACCAUAUUCAAGGCCACUGCUCAAUUUUUUUCAAAACCUGUAGAAGAUUUCUUCUGGUAAACCAAAAGCCUGAGAAGUAUAUUUUGCAGACAAUUCUGUGGGUUGAAACUCGAGGGUUGUGAAAAGCAAUAAUCUCUACCCCCUUCAGGAUUACAGGGGUCAGAUUUGUGAAAUCCUUUACACAACUUCCUCUGACAAACCAAAAAGCCCAGAAGGAUGCUAUUCGGCUGAUAUGUUCCUAGAAGUUGUGAAAAGAACGACUUUGACGUAUACUUAAGGUAUCAAGGGCUGAAUUUGUUACAACCCUAAAAUUACUUCUUUUGAUUAGCUGACAGGCCUAGAAGGAUGAUAUUUGGCUGAUGUGUUCCAAGGGCAAAGUUUGCUGAGAAAUGAGCUUGAACCAUAUUCAAAUCCGCAGGGGUAAAAAAAUAGAAAUUAAAUUUGCCUAUAAUCCAUGUCAUUAUUUAGACAUGAGUGUUAGAAGCUUGUUGCCGGAAGUGGAUAAAAAUAGAUUGGAUGUGCCCACUUUGGAUGCCAAUGAUGUACUGUUAAUUAUUUGAAUAAAAAUGGAAUAACAGAAGACCGGUUCAUGGCUAUUUGACCCCUUGUAUUGAAUUUGAAUUGGAUCAAGAUUGUGUUAUUUUUAUUAAAAUUUGAAAUAUUCAGGUGAGCGAUAAAGGUCUAAUGUUUGUUUUGAA